CCGCCCACGUUGUCUACCAGUCGGGAUGAUGUCGACGUGCUUAGCAGGGCCUCACUGGUCCGGCAUUCUGUCGUGACCGCCGAGGUCAAUGAGAUACCUGAGAAGGAGCUGUCCCGUCGUUAAUCGCCCAUUCUUCUCUGUCCUAUGAGAUGGAAGGGUUUCAUAUCAGGGUUACAUCACUUUAGGAUUCGUUAAAGAAUUCACGUAAAACUAGCAUUUAAGCUCGUGUAAACCAAGCAUGGAGACCAUUUUGGAGUUUGGAACAUGGCACUAUAGCCGAGAAUGUGGAAAUUCUCCCAAUAGGGAGACAGGGGUUGGUAUUCCUGUUCAUUCGUGUGCCCGCUACAUUGCUUGCUCAGCAACUACUGAAGAGGUUGUGGGAGGUGUUGUACUGGACCAGCCAUUGCCUCCUCUUGCUUCGGGGCUUGCUACUGCUGUUUCGGCUCGUUUUCGCAGCGAAGCCUUAGCAGGACAAGCCCCAAGCAGCUUCAUCAUCUGCUCCCAAUGCAAACGUCAAAACAUGACUCCGAUGUGGUGCGAGUGCAGGAUAAGACUGGCCAAACGAAAGCCCUACAAAGUGUAAGCUACUUGAUAAGCGAGGGAAGGCCAGUCAAUGCUUGCAUGGUGCUCAGCAGGACCAUCCAUGAGGUCAUCGCAGCGAGCCAC